CUGAAACAUUAAAAGAAAAUUUGAGAAGCAAUGUGCCUCCUGAAGCUGCCGGUAGUUCUCAUUGUAAUCUCAGUUGCAUUAAACCAUAUGAAAGCUACUCCUAUUAAAAGUCACCAGAUGGAAAAGCGGAAAUGCAACACUGCCACAUGUGCAACUCAACGCUUGGCAAAUUUCUUAGUUCGUUCCAGUAACAAUCUUGGUGCCAUUCUCUCGCCUACCAAUGUGGGAUCCAAUACAUAUGGCAAGAGGAGCACAGCUGAGAUUUUAAACAGGGGACCAUUGAAUUACUUACCCUUUUAGAGGUCAAUGUAUCUCUACAGUUCUUAUCGUUUCAUGUAUAAAUAUCCUAGUGACUUCCCAUGUAAUUUAACAUUAGCAUGAACAUGAGUUUUUAUGUCCCAUGUUUAUUGCCAGUACAUAUAAAUUGUCAUGGUAAGAAUUGUCUUAAAUUUAAUGCUAAUUAAGAUCCCAUAAUAAAAAAGUCAAUGUCUUUAAAA